UGAGCUCCAUGACUGUCCAUUAAUAAUGGCAAUCAAAGGAAGAAACCUCAUUCUUCUCUUUUUCUUAUGUUUCGUCCUCCUCAGAAGCACCUGUGAUUCAAAAGGAGACACUUUAGUAGAAGGCAAACAGCUUAGAGAUGGGGAGUGUCUGAUUUCUGCUAAUGGCGCUUUUACAUUAGGAUUCUUCAGCGUGGAUGCCUCGGGAAAGCGCUAUUUAGGGAUAUGGUACACCAAGUACGAUGACAAGAAAGUGUGGGUUGCCAACCGUGAUGACCCAAUCCCUGACUCAUCCGGAUAUCUCACCAUAGAUGAUGACGAUGGAAGAUUAAUAAUUAUUCACAGUGGAGGCAGCAAGGAUUUGGUAUCAAAUUACACUCAAAAAGCAAACAUUAACAGUACUAGUGCCAUUCUAAGGGAUGAUGGGAAUCUUGUAUUGAGAGAGAAUCAGAAUACUUCAGAUGGAUGGGGGCAGGUUUUGUGGCAAAGUUUUGAUCACCCUACCGACACGCUACUUCCUAGGCCAGAGUGCAGGAGCUCUACACCUCGCCACUUCAGUCCUAAGAGGGGUUACGCUCCAAAUGGGUUUAGGUUUGAUGACGACAUGAGUAUUAUCGAUUGCCAGGCCAAGUGCUGGAGCGAGUGUCCCUGUGUUGCUUAUGCUUCAACUAACGACGACCGAACUGGAUGUGAAAUUUGGAGUAAAGAAAUGCAACGACUGUUCAGGGUUGAGGAGUACUAUGACGGGCAAGCCAGAGAAAUUUACUUUCUACCAAGCAAUCAAGCUGAUGAUCGAUCGUGGUUUAUCGAUGAGAAGAGGGUGAUAGAAGAAAAAAAUGCAGCUGAUGAGGGUAUGCCGUGGUUGAUCAAUGCGGUGGGGGUGAUAGUGGGAGGAUCAGUUGGAUUCAUUGCAUGUUCCUUAUGCUAUUUAGGAUGGAAAGACCUCACCAUCAAAGAGAAGGAGUACAAUAGACAACAAGAGCUACUAUUUGAGCUGGGAGCUAUUACAAAAUCCCUCACCAAAUAUGGCAAUGCGAAUAAACUUGAAAAGAAUGGAAAGAGCUCCAAUGAGUUGCAAUUAUUCAGCUUUCAAAGCAUAGCAACUGCUACAAACAACUUCUCAACUGAAAAUAAGCUCGGAGAAGGCGGGUUUGGACCGGUAUAUAAGGGAGUAUUACUUGACAAACAAGAAAUAGCAAUAAAAAAACUUUCAAGAGGUUCGGGACAGGGGUUAGAGGAGUUCAAAAAUGAGAUCCUUCUUAUUGGAAAACUCCAACAUAACAAUCUUGUUAGGCUUUUGGGUUGCUGCAUUAAAGGAGAAGAAAAGAUAUUAAUCUAUGAGUACUUGCCCAACAAGAGCCUAGAUUUCUUCCUUUUCGGUUGGUAUUUAACCCUUACAACUCGAACUUUUCAUGCAUCAUAUAUUUAUUUUGGUCUUUAUUAAUUACUUUGGCUCCUCUUAUUUAUCACAAAUUUUGCUAUGAUGCAUGCAGAUCCUAUUCAAAAAAAUUUGUUAGAUUGGAAGAAACGUUAUAACAUCAUUGAAGGAAUUGCUCAAGGACUUCUUUAUCUUCAUAAAUAUUCAAGAUUGAAAGUAGUCCAUCGAGACCUUAAAGCUAGUAACAUUUUACUUGACAAUGAGAUGAAUCCCAAAAUAUCAUAUUUUGGCAUGGCUAGAAUAUUUGGGCGAAAUGAAUCUCAAGCAAACACAAAGAGGAUUGUUGGUACAUAGUAAGUAAAUAUUAUGAGUAUAACCAAGCAUACGAUACUAAUCAAUUUUAUUUAACUAUCAUUUUAGUGGUUAUAUGUCGCCAGAGUAUGCCAUGGAGGGUAUUUUCUCUAUGAAAUCUGAUGUGUUCAGCUUUGGAGUGUUACUUUUAGAGAUUGUCAGUGGCAGAAAAAAUUAUAGUAAUUAUUACUAUAAACGUCUACUUAACCUUAUAGGAUAUGUAAGUUCAUUUUUCAAGAUUCGAAGAACAAAAUCAAUUGACUUGUAUAAACUUCAAUUUUGAUGAAUACUUCAUAUAAAUUUGCACUUGUUUUAGGCUUGGGAGUUGUGGAAAGAAGGCAGAAUCUUAGAGCUAAUGGAUCAAACAAUGGGUGAUUUGUGUCCCAAAAAUGUGAUCAGGAGAUGUAUUCAUGUGGGACUCUUGUGCGUACAAGAAAAUCCAAUAGAUAGACCCACAAUAUCUGAAGUUCUUUCUAUGCUUUCAAAUGAAAGUAUGCAACUAUCUACACCAAAACAACCAGCAUUUUUCAUUGGAAGGACCGUCCAAGAGUCAAAGAUCCCCACCAGCAGGUCAGAAAAUUGUUCUCUUAAUAAUGUAUCAAUUUCAGUGCUUGAAGCCAGAUGAAGAUAUCAAGGGUUUGUUUAAUCUAUGAAGAUUUUCUAGUUCUAUAAGCCAAUUCCAAGAAUUUUAUGUGUAAUUAAAUAGGUGUUUCACAAAUGUUGAGAUUAA